UAUAUUUAUAAAAAAAACCAACCGAGCAGGUGCAUUGUGUGAGCAUCCGUUACUCGGGGACGCGCGAGACGAGGCACUUUUUACCCGUUUUCCACCAGCGCGCUAUUGAGGCUACCGAGUGUGUGUGUGUGUGUGUGUGUGUGUGUGUGUGUGUGUGUGUGUGUGUGUGUGUGUGAGAGAGAGAGAGAGAGAGAGAGAGAGAGAGAGAGAGAGAGAGAGAGAGACUACAUUCUAGAGGAGCAGCCUGCAGGACAGCAGCACGAGCAGAAGGAGAACGAGUGCGUACGAGAUGCUGCAUCCGCUCACGGGCGCCCCGUGCGUGGCACUGGCUGAGAUGGGCGCGCGCCCGCAGCUGUCCUCCUCGUGCGCCGUGACGUUCGUCUACCUGCAGCAGGGUAAUCAGGACACCCCCGCCCCACCAGAGCCCAUGGCCCAGCCGUACCCGUCUGCCCAGUUUGCCCCCCCUCAGAACGGCCUGCCCACUGAGUACCCAGCGUCUCACCCCCACCCCACCCCCGAGUACCCGGGCACAAGCGCUGUACCUGAGCACACGCUGAACAUGUAUCCUACUGCGCACACACACAGUGAGCCCAGCGGCGACUCCAGCGCACACACUGUCUCCGGCACAGCCACGGUAAGAACACACCCUGAACACGACCUGAACACGAACUAA